AUGGGAAGCGGUAAGGAAGAAAAUAGAAGAAAUAGCCAUAAAGGAAAGAGAAGAAAUGAAAAGAUUGAAUUAAAGAAAAAAGAAGAGGAAAUACAGAAAAUAGAAAUGGCAGAAAUUAAAAUAAAAAUAAAGGAGUUGGAGGAGAAAAUUGUAAAUAAAAGAAUAGAACAAAAUUAUAAAAGUCAAAAAGAAUGUUAUAAUUAUGGAAAAGUUGGGCAUUUAAGCAGAGAAUGUAAUGCCAAGGUAAAUACAGGAGUUAUACCGAAAAUAUGUAGAAGAUGUGGAAAUAAGGGUCAUAAUGCGGAAGAAUGUUACGUUCCAGCCUACAAAUUGGUGAAUGGAAACCAAAAAAAUGAGAUAUCUUGUGAAAAUUGUGGGAAUUUAGGACAUACUAAGGAUAAAUGUUAUAAAAAUGAACAAGGUGUUUGCAAAGCGUUUCCAGCGGUGGAAUACGUAGGAAAUGAGCAGAAAAAUAUAGUUAAAAGAAUUAAUAGAGAGGAUAUAACUUGUUAUAAAUGUCGAAAUAUUGGGCAUUAUGCGAAGGAUUGUACAGUAGAAUGA